AUGCUGGGCCGCGACGCCCCUGAGGUCCCCGCGCGCGGCUCCCACGGAGCCAGUGCGUCGGAGACGGCCAGGGGAGCGGCGGCCCCGGCCAGGAAGGCGAGCUGGAGGGCGGGGACAGAGGCCACCCACAGCCCGGGAGGCGGCUGCCAUCGCCGCGGCCCCGGAUUUGUGAAUGAGCCCCCCCGCCCCCCGCCCGCCCCCGGAAGCGCGGCCGCUGCCCCCGCCUGCCCCUGCCGAGCUGGGCCAGGGCGCCCCGGGGCCUUCCCGCCUCCGACACGCCGGGAACUUGGACCGGGGACACCGAGGACUCCUUCACGUCUAGGGGCCCGGGGUGAGGGGAGACCUGGCCCAGGCUGUGUGACGUUAGCGGGAAGGACAGAGGGUGGACUGCAGGAAGAACUCGCCAGGGCAAGAGCUGCCUGCUGGCCGGGAAGUGGCCCUGGGGAGCUGCUGCUCCCUGAGGGAGAUAAGGGACCCGACACGUUGGGCAACGGGGCUGUCCUUCUGGAGUCUCCUUUCUUCUUUCCACCGCCCGAGGGCUCCUACGCACCCUGCAAAACCCCAGCCCUGCUGUGCCCCGAUCCCAGAGAGAAACAGAACAGUGCCCCAGGCGUCUCCUGUCCCAACAAGCUGGGGCGGCCCAGAGAGGCUCAGUCAGGAGCCCAGGGCUGCGCAGCUGCAACGGGGAAACUGAGUCUCGGGUGGGAGGUGUCGCCCGGUCCGCCCUCGUGGGCAGCAGGUGGCACCAGCCGCAGGAGACAUCGCCCGCUUGCUGAUGGACUGAGUCACGGUUGUGCCGACAGCGGAGGCCUUUCCACGUCACGUGGGUCUGGCCGCAACCUGAAGGAGGGAGCGGCGCCCCCCCCCCGCCUCACCCCUGCGAAGCACCCCGACCCCUGCGGCAACGGCUCCCCGACCUCACCCCCCAGUCCAGACCCAACCCCGCAGCCUGCACCCCCUGCCAAGCCUCACCCCUGCCAGCCUCACCCCAGCCCUGCAGCCUCACCCUCGCCUCACCUCACCCCUGCAGCCUCACCCCCCCCAGCCUCACCCCUGCAGCCUCACCCCAGCCCUGCAGCCUCACUGCCCCCCAGCCUCACCCUGCAGCCUCACCCCCUGCAGCCUCACCCCAGCCCUGCAGCGCACCCCAGCCUCACCCCACCCCUCCCCCCUGCAGCCUCACUGCCCGCAGCCUCACCCCUGCAGCCACACCCCAGCCGUAGCCCCGCAACCUUGUCACCGCCCCCUGACCUCACCUCCCCCCAGCCUCACACCCCCACUGGUAACCCCAGCCCGCAGCCGCACCCCUCCCCGCCUCCAGCUGUAAUUUGCCUCGGCCUCUUGUGUCGCCCCUCCCCUACAGUCACCCCAGACGUGGAGCCAAGAGGGCCGGAGACCGGGAUUGGGAGGAGACAGGGAGGUCACGGCCCAGGCCUACCAACCUUCACCACACCCCGUCGCCGCGCCUCGGUUUCCCGUGCUGCAGAAGGAGGGGUGAGGUCAGGGAGCCCCCGAGCCCUCCCUGGGGCUGAUGCGCAGCCCCGCAGCCCGGGAGAGCCCUGUGGGGUGAUGGAACCUGAGGACCAGAGUUCGAAUCCCCAGCGUCCACGUGGGAAGUGGAGGCGAGAGGACUCGGGCUUGCGGGCCAGCCUCGGCUCACUAGUGAGCUGCAGGCUCGGGGGCCCCGGGGAGACGCUGGACGUCCGCCUGUGA